AUGGAUUCGAAUGUGGUGGAAGAAAACCAAAAGCCAGAAACCAAAUCGACAGAAGAAGCACUCGCCAUUGUCACUUCAUCUCUACCAUUCGCCUCGCUAUCUCUCUCCUUCUCAACAACGUCUUUGUUUAGAUUCAGUCAUCUCUUUGCUCAUCACCCAAACAAGGUUAAGAUCCCAACGCAGGCCUCUUACCUCACACACCUCUCCCUUUCUUCCCUCUCUCCCGUUUCUCCUCUCCCUUCCAGAAUCUCCUCCUUCAAAUCCACCGUCUCCGCUAACCCUCUCCACUCCCCUCUCUCCAUCGUCCCUCGCCGCCCCCUCGACCCUUCCUCCGCCGCCGCCCUCCGCCGCUCCGCCGUCGUCUGGUUCCGAAACGACCUCCGCGUCCACGACAACGAGUGUCUCAACUCCGCCAACGACGAGUGCCUCUCCCUUCUCCCCGUUUACUGCUUCGACCCUCGAGACUACGGCAAAUCCUCCUCUGGUUUCGACAAAACUGGUCCCUUCCGUGCCCAGUUUCUCAUCGAGUCCGUCUCCGAGCUCCGCAAGAACCUCGAGGCCAGAGGCUCCAACCUCGUUGUCCGGGUCGGGAAACCGGAAGCUGUGCUGGUGGAAUUGGCUAAGGAGAUCGGAGCGGACGCCAUUUAUGCACACAGGGAAGUGUCGCAUGAUGAGGUUAAGGCGGAAGGGAAGAUAGAGAAUGCUAUGAAGGAGGAAGGCGUUGAAGUUAAGUUCUUUUGGGGAUCCACUCUCUAUCACUUGGACGAUUUGCCGUUCAAAGUUGAAGAACUGCCUUCAAACUAUGGAGCAUUCAAGGAUAAAGUCCAGAAGCUUGAGAUUAGGAAGACGAUCGCAGCAUUGGAUCAGUUGAAAGGCUUGCCCUCUCGAGGAGACGUACAGCUUGGCGAUAUUCCUUCUCUCUUGGACCUCGGCAUUAGCCCUACUGCCAGAAACAGCCAGGAGGGGAAACCGACAAUGGUUGGAGGAGAGAGUGAGGCGUUGAGUAGGCUAAAGAGCUUUGCAGCUGAUUGUCAAGCUCGACUGACCAAGGGAAAUCAGAAAGGAGGUAAUAACAGUGUGUUUGGUGCUAACUUCUCUUGCAAGAUAUCACCUUGGUUGGCCAUGGGAAGCAUCUCUCCUCGUUCCAUGUUCGAGGAGCUCAAGAAAACUAUUUCUGCAUCCUCUACUCCAAGGAACGGACCCGGAGAUACGGGAUUGAACUGGUUAAUGUAUGAGUUGCAAUGGAGAGAUUUCUUCAGGUUUAUAACCAAGAAGUACAGCUCGGCCAAGACGCAGGUUGAGGCUGGUCCUGCUACAGCCUGUACAGGCGCUCUUGCUUAA